AAAGGUGAUGAGAAGCGCUGGAUUCACCACGAGCGGGGCAACAACACACAACUACCGCAAGCGCCUUCCUCCGCAGUCUAGUCUAGACAAUAUCCGCAACAUUAUUUUUUAUUUUGCAUGGACGACUGAAGACAACUUUUCACAUAUUGGAAUUCGCAAAAUACUAAAGUGAGUUUGCUUGUCAUGUUUGUGGGAUUAGGCUGCUUCGAUCGGACUGCAAACUGAAUCUGACCUACAUUCGAGCGCUGGGUGAAAACAAUGCAACGGCCUCAGGGGACAACUAUUUUAUAGCUAGCUAGUGCACUUGCUUCUGCAGUAAGUAGAACUGGCUUGCUAGCUAACUAUGUUUGAUCAUAUGGUUAUGUAGCCAGAAUUGAUAUGGUAAUCAAUUGCUGAGCAAAUGUGCUAUACAAGUGCUUAUUAAUGCGAUUGGUACAAGGCUGCGCCACCUCGGCAAAGCUCGAAUAAUAAAAGUUGCAUCUGGCCUGCGAGUCUAGCUAGCUGGGCAAUUCCAUGUUAUUUUGGAAUUACUCUGAUACUGCGAUUUGGUUGUAUGGUUUGUUAAACUUCGAAAUCAAUGGUUUUUGUUUGGCAUACAUUUUUAAAGAGUAAUUCCGUAACAAUGGAAUUGCCCAGCUACAAAUUAUACAACUAUCUUUGUAGAUAAUGACUGUACUGUAGUAGGGGAGAUUGGGGUAAAUUGAGCCAAAGGGGUAGGUUGAGCCACCCUUGUUUCUAGGAAACCAUAAACAAAAUUAAUAAUUUGACCAAAUAUGGAAAAAGUGGUAAGGAAGUUAACGUUAGUCCAAAAAACAGAUUUUCACCAAGUCAUGAAUUUGUGUUGGAGGUUUCAUGAUGCUUGUAUCUAAACCAAAGUAGAUAAUUUAAAGAUUGUUCUAUAAAAAGGUAAACUCAACUCCAUCAUUCAUUGAAUCAGAUGAACCCACUGAUAUGGCCAACUACUUUAAUUAUUUUUUCAUUGGCAAUAUUAGCAAACUUAGGCAUGACAUGCCAGCAACAAACGUAGACACUACACAUCCAAGUAUAGUUGACCAAAUGAUGAGGUGAACAAAUUAUUGUUGUCUAUCAACAAUGACAAGCCACCGGGGUCUGACAACUUGGAUGGACAAUUACUGAAGAUAAUAGCUGACGUUAUUGCCACUCCUAUUUGCCAUAUGUUAAAUCUGAGCAUACUAGAAAGUGUGUGCCCUCAAGCCUGGAGGGAAGCAAAAGUCAUUGCGCUACCCAAGAAUACUAAAGCCCCAUUUACUGGCUCAAAUAGCUGACCAAUCAGCCUGUUACCAACCCUUAGUAAACUUUGGGAAAAAAUUGUGUUUGACAAGAUAAAAUGCUAUUUUACAGUAAACAAAUUGACAACAGACUUUCAGCAUGCUAAUAGGGAAGGACAUUCAACAAGCACUUGCACAAAUGACUGAUGAUUGGCUGAGAGAAAUGUAUGAUAAAAAGAUUGUGGGGGCUGUUUUGUUAGACUUCAGUGCGGCUUUUGACAUUAUCGAUCACAGGUGACUAAACAGCUUGGAGUAACCCUGGAUUGUAAACUGUCAUGGUCAAAACAUGUUGAUACAACAGUAACUAAGAUGGGGAGAAGUCUGUCCAUAAUAAAGCGCUGCUCUGCCUUAACAACACUAUCAACAAGGCAGAUCCUACAGGCCCUAGUUUUGUCGCACCUGGACUACUGUUCAGUCAUGUGGUCAGGUACCACAAAGAGGGACUUAGGAAAAUUUCAAUUGGCUCAGAACAGGGCAGCACGGCUGGCCCUUAAAUGUACACGGAGAGCUAACAUUAAUAACAUGCAUAUCAAUCUCUCAUGGCUCAAAGUGGAGGAGAGAUUGACUUCAUCACUACUUGUUUUUGUAAGAAGUGUUGACAAGCUGAAUGCACCGAGCUGUCUGUUUAAACUACUAGCACACAGCUCGGACACCCAUGCAUACCCCACAAGACAUGCCACCAGAGGUCUCGUCACAAUCCCCAAGUCCAGAACAGACUAUGGGAGGCGCACAGUACUACAUAGAGCCAUGACUACAUGGAACUCUAUUCCACAUCAGGUAACUGAUGCAAGCAGUAUGAUCAGAUUUAAAAAAAACUGAUGGAAAUACACCUUAUGGAACAGCGGGGACUGUGAAGAGACACACACAGGUACAGGCAUACGCACACACACACGCACUCUACACACACGUACAUUGUAAUAUUGUUGUAUGGUGGUAUUAUACAUUUUGUAUUGUAGAUAUGUGGUGGUGUAAUAAUGUUAUAUGAUGUACUGUUAUCUUUUGUUUUAUGUGUGAUGUAAGUGCCUUAAUGUGUUUGGACCCCAGGGCUAAUGGAGAUCCCUAAUAAAUACAAAUACAUACCUCAGUUGGAGUCUCUAUAAGCUUCAGUAUGAGGUCCGAAACCUAGCAUGAAAGUGCAUCCUUGUAGUUAUGUGGGCUAAUAUAGUAAAUGUUUGCCUUGGAGUAAAUUGAGCCAAUGGCAUGUUGAGCAAAUUGAUUUUUUUUUUCCAGGCAUAAUGCGAGGCAUUAUUGCUGGAAUAUGAGGUAAGAGCAGUCUGUCAUGGAAAGAGCAGGUGUUGCUAAUGUUUUGCACUGGGUGUACAAAACAUUAGGAACACCUGCUCUUUCCAUUACAUAUACUGACCAGGUGAAAGCUAUGAUCCCUUAUUGAUGUCACCUUUUUAAAUCUACUUCAAUCAGUGUAGAUGAAGGGGAGGAUACAUGUUAUAUAAGGAUUUUAAGCCUUGAGACAAUUGAGAUGUGGAUUGUGUAUGUGUGCCAAUCAGAGGGUGACUUGGCAAGACAAAAUAUUUAAGUGCCUUUGAACGGGGUAUAAUAGUAGAUGCCAGGCGCACCGGUUUGAGUGUGUCAAGAACUGCAACGCUGCUGGGUUUUUAAUGCUCAACAGUUUCCCGUGUGUAUCAAGAAUGGUCCACCACCCAAAGCACAUCCAGCCAACUUGACAAAGCGUUGGAGUCAACAUGGGCCAGCAUCCCUGUGUAACGCUUUCGACACAUUGUAGAGUCCAUUCCCCAAUGAAUUGAGACUCUUCUGAGGGCGAAAAGGGGUGCAACUCAAUAUUAGGAAGGUGUUCCUAAUGUUUUGUACACUCAGUGUGUAGAGCAGUGUUAUUCAACUCUUACCCUUUGAGGUCUGGAGCCUACUGGUUUUCUGUUCUACCUGAUAAUGAAUACCACCCACCUGAUGUCCCAGGUCUAAAUCAGUCCCUGAUUAGAGGGGAACAAUGGAAAAAGCAGUGGAACUGGCUUCGAUGUCCAGAGUUGAGUGUGAUGGGUAUAGAGAAUCAAUGUGCCAUCAUUGGUCCUCUGUAGCUCAAUUGGUAGAGCAUGGCGCUUGUAACGCCAGGGUAGUGGGUUCGAUCCCCGGGACCACCCAUACGUAAAAAUGUAUGCACAGAUGACUAAGUCGCUUUGGAUAAAAGCGUCUGCUAAAUGGCUUAUUAUUAUCUAAACCACUGUGAAAUAUUUUCAAUAACCAAAAAUAUUGUAUUUUCAGCUGUUUGAAGCUGGUGUACAAAACUGAAAGUAAAAGACGCAAAAACUAAACUUAAGAACGGGAAGCAUAGAAAUAGCGCACAUAGAACAUAUCUACUGCGUCUUAGACUUGCGUUCAACGAGAAUGACAGAUCUAUAACUCACAUUUCUAUGUGAAUUUGGUCAGGUUGCUCAAAAAGUUACAUAUUGCAGCUUUAAAAGAUGCUUAAAGUGAUUAAAAUAUAUAUUUUAAAGCGAUUGUGUUUGGAAAAUAAAGGUAGACAUGGUUUUAAAAAGGUAGUGGUAAUAUUUCAUUCAGUACAGAAAUUUGUAGGCAGUUUAACUUACCCUGUCCCGCAGGCUCAACUUACCCCAUACCCAGGGUAUGUUGUGCCAAGAGACCACUUUUUUUGAGACUAGCUAUGUUUUCAAAACUGUUUACAUUAAUUCUGAUUAUUUCUAGGGAUACACAACAUCCUGAAAUAUAUCUUUGUUAGAAAGAAUACUAUAUUUCCCUCGAAAAACGUCUCAACUUACCCCACUCUCCCCAACAGUUAGCCUGGUCCAAAAUCUGUUUGUGCUUUCCAAAUGUCAAUAAAAACAAAAUACGCUAGACAAAUUGGGAUAUUUUUGUCGGUAGAAAUGUAUAAUGCGAGACAUUUCUAUCACCUGGCACAUGCGCAAAUCCAUGUAAACAUCUGCAAGACUUCAGGUAGUAUGCAUGCAUCGGGUGCAUGUACUUCCUUCUGUCUUGUGCACCUGCCUUGGUUGAUGAGCAAACAUAUCGUGAUAACCACACACAGACCCCAGUUUUGAAGUCAAUUUAAUAAUACUUUAAAUCAUUUUAAUUUCGACCUGCUGAUGGACCAACCCCAUGGACAAUCUACAGAGUAACUUCAAAUGAAGUUUAUUCAACAUUCUGACUUGUAAAGGAACUGUUUUGAUUAUUUUUUUUGAUCUCAAAGUUAGACGAUAGUGGAGGCUUGUCCAGUCCACACUUGGAUUUGUAGAGUCUACCAGGCUUGGGGACAGUAGGUCUAUGGCUAACCAGGUCUUUUGGUGCUUGUAAUGGGGAAAUCUAAGAUGACUGAAGUUAAUAUUGAGUUUAGAGUGAUCAACACAAUGGUUAGCAUAUUGGAGUUUCUGUUUUGUGACAUACAAGGUGUGGGUUGAUGGUCAAUAGACUUGAUGCUGAAUGAUAUGGAUUAUUCUCAUAUCUGUUGAUAGUGCAUGAUGCCAGACUGGAGGACACACUGAUUAUUCACUGUUGUAUUGUAUUGAUGACAUCCUGUGAACACUGUGAUUCCGUAGCAGCUGACAAAGUCGUUGCCUUUUAGUUUUGACUUGCUACAAGCCUCUCAGGCUGCUGUUGACAGAACAUUUGGUGCUGUCUGAUUAAGACAUUAAGGUACAGUCUCCAAGAGGCCAGUUAGACAUGUUCUCUUUCUAUGCUGGAUGCUGUUUCCCUGUUGCAACUUGUAAUAAACAGGAUUGGUUUUAAAUUGACUUUAUCUGCGACUGCUCUUCUCUUUUGUUCACCUGGAAAUUCCUUUUACAGUGCUGUAGGUGACAACAUGGCCAACCAGGUGUUUUGGUGCUGUAUGUGACAACAUGGCCAACCAGGUGUUUUGGUGCUGUAUGUGACAACAUGGCCAACCAGGUGUUUUGGUGCUGUAGGUGACAACGUGGCCAACCAGGUGUUUUGGUGCUGUAUGUGACAACAUGGCCAACCAGGUGUUUUGGUGCUGUAGGUGACAACAUGGCCAACCAGGUGUUUUGGUGCUGUAGGUGACAACAUGGCCAACCAGGUGUUUUGGUGCUGUAGGUGACAACAUGGCCAACCAGGUGUUUUGGUGCUGUAGGUGACAACAUGGCCAACCAGGUGUUUUGCUGCUGUAGGUGACAACAUGGCUAACCAGGUGUUUUGGUGCUGUAGGUGACAACAUGGCCAACCAGGUGUUUUGGUGCUGUAGGUGACAACAUGGCCAACCAGGUGUUUUGGUGCUGUAGGUGACAACAUGGCCAACCAGGUGUUUUGGUGCUGUAUGUACCAACAUGGCUAACCAGGUGUUUUGGUGCUGUAUGUGACAACAUGGCUAACCAGGUGUUUUGGUGCUGUAUGUACCAACAUGGCUAACCAGGUGUUUUGGUGCUGUAGGUGACAACAUGGCCAACCAGGUGUCAGAGUCCCCCGCUGAGCGGACAUUUCAGUACCAGCAUAGACUGCCUCCUCUCCCUGUACCGUCUCUAGAGGGGAGCCUCGCCAAGUACCUGGAUGCAGGUGAGAUGCCAGCUGCAUGUGUGAACGAGAAGCUCCGUUAGCCUGGACCCUGAACCAUGUGUGUUUGUCGAUUAACUGAAAUGUCUGUGUGUAUUUCCAGUGCGGCCGUUUGCUACAGAGGAGGAGUACCAGGUGACUGCGGCCAUAUUGAAGAGGUUUGGAGAGGGCAUCGGCAAAGACCUGCACCAAAAACUACUGCAGAGAGCCAGGACUCACAGGAACUGGGUACACACACUCAACAAACACACACACACACAUACACAACACACUGCACAGCUAGAACCUGGGAGAACUGGGCACACACCAUGCUCGACCCUGAGCAACUGUAAAAGGGAAACUUUGAGUGUUUUAAAUACUAGUCAUUACGGUGUUCCCCUGCAGUGUUUCAUCUUUAUUGUGUGUGUGUUGACCCCCAGUUGGAGGAGUGGUGGCUGGAUGCAGCCUAUCUGGAAUUGCGUUACCCCUCCCAGUUGAAUGUGAACUUCGGAGGUCCUGCACCCUACCUAGAGCACUGCUGGCCCCCUACAGAGGGAGUACAGCUACAGAGGAAUAGCAUAAGCAUGUGGCACACUCUACAAUACUGGGACCUGCUCCGCACGUAAGACACGCACACAUUGAGUGUACAAAACAUUAGGAACACCUGCUCUUUCCAUUACAUAGACUGACCAGGUGAAUCCAGGUGAAAGCUAUGAUCCUUGAGUGUGUCAAGAACUGCAACGCUGCAGGGUUUCUCACGCUCAACAGUUUCCCAUGUGUAUCAAGAAUGGUCCACCACCCAAAGGACAUCCAACCAACUUGACACAACUGUGGGAAGGAAGCAAUGGAGUCAACAUAGACCAGCAUCCCUGUGGAACGCUUUCAACACCUUGUAGAGUCCAUGCCUCAAUGAAUUGGGCAAAAGGGGGGGUGCAACUCAAUAUUAGGAUGGUGUUCCUAAUGUUUUGUACACUCCGUGUAUAUACAUUCAUGCUACACACACAUCACAACUGCUGCUACCAGACUCUUACGUAAACAUUUUGUCCCCCAAUCCCCCCCUUCCCCAAAACACGUGUAAAUAUUGGACUAUGAAUUGUGCCUUCCUGUAUUAUACUUGUUUAAAGUGUUUAUUCUAUUCUACUGAGACAUUUACUUUACGUUCGUAUUCUUAUCUUUUAUUUCUUAUUGUUGUUGCAUUGUCGAGAAGGAACCUGCAAGUAAGCAUUUAGUUGGACGGUGUAAACCAUGUGUAUCCCGUGCAUACGACUAAAAGAACUUGAAACACACACACACACCUACGUACGUUCAGUACACACUCUCUGACUGUGUUAUCUCCGACAGGGAGAGGCUGGACCCUCAUAAGAACGGUAAUGUGGUGUUGGAUAUGGACCAGUUCAGAAUGCUGUUCUGUACAUGCAAAGUUCCUGGAGUCACCAAGGAUACCAUCAUCAACUACUUUAAGACAGGUAGGUGACCCCCCCCCCCCCCCCCCCCCCUCUUCCACACACACCCCUAUGCAAUAUGAUGUUAGUAAUGCGUGUAUUUUUUUUUGUGUGUAGUACUUUCUGUUAUUUAUAUAGGCCUUUGUGUGUGUGUACUGAUUUCAUUUUGUGUGUAUAUUUAUUGAUGUGUUUUGUAUUUGGCUAAGGUGUAUGUAAACUUCCAACUUCAACUGUAUGUGUGUGUGUGUGUGGAUUUAUACAUUUUGUGUAUGUAUAGAUGUGUUUUUUCUGUGUGUUGUAGAGAGCGAGGGUCCAUGCCCCUCCCAUGUGGUGGUGAUGUGUAAGGGCCGUUUCUUCUCAUUUGAUGCAGUGUGUGACGGACACAUUCUUACCCCUCCAGAGCUGCUCAGGUAUGCUGGCCGGUGGAUAUUUAGGUAUAUUUAUGUGCAUCUGCAUAUAUUUGCAUGUAUUUAUAUGCCUUUGCGUGUAUGUAUCAGUAUUUGUGUAUGUGUGUUUGUGGCGUGUGUAGGCAGCUGACCUAUGUGAAGCAGUGUUGUGAGGGGGAGCCAGCAGGAGAUGGAGUCGCCGCUCUCACCUCAGAGGAGAGGACACGCUGGGCUAAGGUGUGUUUGAAGUUGGAUGUAUAGAACGGACAUCACCAUGCCCUAAACGUCUCUGUGUCUCUCUGUCUGUCUCUGUCUCUCUGUAGGCCAGGGAGUAUCUGAUAGGUAUAGAUCCAGCCAAUAAGACCCUCUUAGAGACCAUCCAGAGCAGUCUGUUUGUGGUCUCACUGGACGAUGCUAAACCCUACGCUACUGCAGAGAACUACACACCGGUACGUACACACACAUACACCACAAGCAACCAUACCAUCCUAAGUAUGGUAUAAUCUGACCUUUGGCCUUUACCCCCAGUUGACCCGGGAAGCGCUGAUAGGAGACCCCACCAUCCGCUGGGGAGACAAAUCCUACAACUCCAUCUCCUUCGCCGACGGAACCUUCGGAUCCAACUGUGACGUGAGUUACUGUUUGUAGAGAGAGAAAGAGCGAUGGUUUGAGAUAACAAUACUCCUCUGUUGGCUGUAGUGUAAUGAUGUUUUGUUGUGAGUGUGCUCCUAUCUAUGGUAAUUGCUGCUUUGUGUGUGUGUUGCAGCAUGCCCCGUAUGAUGCCAUGGUUCUGGUAACUCAGGGUUACUAUGUGGAUCAGCAGCUCAAAGCUACAGACGGCAAGUGGAAGGUAAAUACAGUUUCUAUUGAACUUAUUUUUAGUGACUGUAUAUCUUGUUUGUCCUUAAUUCUAAGUGCCUUACUGGCCUGCUAAACCGGACGCAUAACUAUUGCUGAGUUUGAGACGCUCCUAUUCAUUUCAGUGAAACCUGGGCAUAAGCAUGCCGGAUCUGCGUGCUCGGCUCAGCAUAAAAUUCCACUCUGGUUCUAUUUAGAAGAUUUUACGCCGUAGCCCACACCUGAGAACAAUAGGAUAAAGUGGCUCUCUAUUCCCGUUGGCAAACAGUUACACUUCCAUGUAUCAGGUAAUAAACAGGUUAAUUUCACUGUGAGUAAGCAACAGUGUCAUUUUUAUUGUGUGUGUCUGUGUAGGGCUCUGAGACAGUGCGGCCUAUGCCUCUUCCUGAAGAGUUGGUCUUCACUGUGGAUGACAGAGUCAGGAGUGACAUUGCACAUGCCAAGCAACAGUACUUUGAGACUGUGAGUCCACAAACACACACACACACAUCUUCCAUUCAUUUCUCUGCUUCCCCCUAGUGGUCAGAUUAGGUUGUGUUGAUCGCGCACAAACAGAAGUCUGUGCAGGACUGUCUUCUUGUCCGACUCCCAUCCGCUCCCUCAAGAACUGGUCCCGAACACGCCUACAGUCCCCAAUGUUAUUUUAGGUGUAUGUUAUGCAAUUCUGCCACCCUAGGCAAUUCUGCCACCCUAGGCAAGAUCAAAAUGUGCAAAACAUUGCCUAAGAAACAGGUUAGUGAAUAGUCUGACAAAGAGGAGCUUUUAAAAAACAGAAAGACAACCAUUCUAAAUAAUCUGUGGGACCCCCCAAAAAAAAUCAUUCCAAAGUUGUUUGUCUGACCCCAGCAGCAUGAGAAAUGCAGACCGUGAAUUCUCUGUCUGGGCCGCAGCUGUCUAACACACACCCUCAGAGGUCCUUACACUCCCCACCUCACACACACAACUCUAAUCUGUGUGUGAUACCUGGUUUGACAGACCUGUGUGUGUGUCUCCAGACCCAGGACUUGCAGGUGGUGUGUUAUGCCUUCACCUCGUUUGGGAAAGCAGCUAUCAAACAGAGGAAGCUCCACCCAGACACCUUCAUACAACUGGCCCUUCAACUGGCUUAUUACAGACAGCAUGGGAGGUAACACCACCCAUCAUCCAUCCAAUUCAUCCAUCUACCACACACUCAACAUCCACCCAUCCAUUCAUCCAUCCUUCCCCCCAAUAGUCUCUCCAUAACUGAUGAUUGAUGAUAAUCCCCCGUCCCAGGUCAGGUAGUUGCUAUGAGACAGCGAUGACCAGAAGGUUCUACCACGGCAGGACUGAGACCAUGAGGCCCUGUACCCUGGAAGCACAGAACUGGUGCCGCAUCAUGCUCAACCCUGUAGCCAGCGUAAGUGUGAGAGUUUGUGUGUGUCCAAUAAACCAGUUAGUUCUUCAUUCAUUGUCAUGCCAUACAUGUAAAUCUGGCGACCAGGCUAAUUACACUAUGACUUUCUGUGUGUCUCCCAGGCUGAGGCUAAGAGGAAAGCCCUGCUGCUGGCCUUCAACAAGCACAACAAACUGAUGGCCGAGGCACAGAACGGAAAAGGUUUUGACAGACAUCUCCUGGGCCUGUACCUGAUCGCCAAGGAGGAGGGACUUCCUAUGCCAGACCUUUUCACUGAUCCACUGUAUUCAAAGAGGUACAGUGGGGAGAACAAGUAUUUGAUACACUGCCAAUUUUGCAGGUGUUCCUACUUACAAAGCAUGUAGAUGUCUGUAAUUUUUAUCAUAGGUACACUUCAACUUUGAGAGACGGAAUCUAAAACAAAAAUCCAGAAAAUCACAUUGUAUGAUUUUUAAGUAAUUAAUUUGCAUUUUAUUGCAUGACAUAAGUAUUUGAUCACCUACCAACCAGUAAGAAUUCCGGCUCUCACAGACCUGUUAGUUUUUCUUUAAGAAGCCCUCCUGUUCUCCACUCAUUACCUGUAUUAACUGCACCUGUUUGAACUCAUUACUAGUAUAAAAGACACCUGUCCACACACUCAAUCAAACAGACUCCAACCUCUCCACAAUGGCCAAGACCAGAGAGCUGUGUAAGGACAUCAGGGAUAAAAUUGUAGACCUGCACAAGGCUGAGAUGGGCUACAGGACAAUAGGCAAGCAGCUUGGUGAGAAGGCAACAACUGUUGGCGCAAUUAUUAGAAAAUGGAAGAAGUUCAAGAUGACGGUCAAUCACCCUCGGUCUGGGGCCGCAAGAUCUCACCUCGUGGGGCAUCAAUGAUCGUGAGGGAUCAGCCCAGAACUACACGGCAGGACAUGGUCAAUGACCUGAAGAGAGCUGGGACCACAGUCUCAAAGAAAACCAUUAGUAACACACUACGCCGUCAUGGAUUAAAAUCCUGCAGCGCACGCAAGGUCCCCCUGCUCAAGCCAGCGCAUGUCCAGGCCCAUCUGAAGUUUGCCAAUGACCAUCUGGAUGAUCCAGAGGAGGAAUGGGAGAAGGUCAUGUGGUCUGAUGAGACAAAAAUAUAGCUUUUUGGUCUAAACUCCACUCGCCGUAUUUGGAGGAAGAAGAAGGAUGAGUACAACCCCAAGAACACCAUCCCAACCGUGAAGCAUGGUGGUGGAAACAUCAUUCUUUGCAGAUGCUUUUCUGCAAAGGGGACAGUACGACUGCACCGUAUUGAGGGGAGCAUUGAAGAUGGGUCGUGGCUGGGUCUUCCAGCAUGACAACGACCCGAAACACACAGCCAGGGCAACUAAGGAGUGGCUCCGUAAGAAGCAUCUCAAGGUCCUGGAGUGGCCUAGCCAGUCUCCAGACCUGAACCCAAUAGAAAAUCUUUGGAGGAAGCUGAAAGUCCGUAUUGCCCAGCGACAGCCACAAAACCUGAAGGAUCUGGAGAAGGUCUGUAUGGAGGAGUGGGCCAAAAUCCCAGCUGCAGUGUGUGCAAACCUGGUCAAGACCUACAGGAAACGUAUGAUCUCUGUAAUUGCAAACAAAGGUUUCUGUACCAAAUAUUAAGUUCUGCUUUUCUGAUGUAUCAAAUACUUAUGUCAUGCAAAAAAAUUCAAAUUAAUUACUUAAAAAUCAUACAAUGUGAUUUUCUGGAUUUUUGUUUUAGAUUCCGUCUCUCACAGUUGAAGUGUACCUAUGAUAAAAAUUACAGACCUCUACAUGCUUUGUAAGUAGGAAAACCUGCAAAAUCGGCAGUGUAUCAAAUACUUGUUCUCCCUACUGUAUGUGUGAUUGUUUGUUUGUUUGUGUGUGUGUGUGUUUAUGGUAUGUGUAAUUUGUGUGUGUUCUCUCUCCAGUGGCGGGGGCGGUAACUUUGUCCUGUCCACCAGUCUGGUUGGCUACACCACAGUCCUGGGAGCGGUCGCUCCCAUGGUGCACCAUGGCUACGGGUUCUUCUACCGCAUCGGAGACGACAGGUGGGCUAUUACACACGCACGUACACACACACACACACACACACACUGACCCCACGCAACAGCAUCCACAGUUUGACCAGUAAACACACACACACAAACCCCAUGCAACCGCAACCACAAUUUGACCAGUAAACACACACACACACACACACACACAUUAUCACCUACAGUGCCUUGCAAAAGUAUUCAUCCCCCUUGGCGUUUUUCCUAUUUUGUUGCAUUACAACCUGUAAUUUAAAUGGAUUUUUAUUUGGAUUUCAUGUAAUGGAUAUACACAAAAUAGUCCAAAUUGGUGAAGUGAAAUGAAAAAAAUAACAUUUUUCAAAAAUUAUAAAAAAUAAAUAACAGAAAAUUGGUGCGUGCAUAUGUAUUUACCCCCUUUGCUAUGAAGCCCCUAAAUAAGAUUUGGUGCAACCAAUUACCUUCAGAAGUCACAUAAUUAGUUAAAUAAAGUCCACCUGUGUGCAAUCUAAGUGUCACAUGAUCUGUCACAUGAUCUCAGUAUAUAUACACCUGUUCUGAAAGGCCCCAGGGGGUGGGGUUGCAACCCCUAUUACCAGCCUGUUCAACCUCUCUUUCGUAACGUCUGAGAUCCCCAGAGAUUGGAAAGCUGCCGCGGUCAUCCCCCUCUUCAAAGGGGGUGACACUCUAGAUCCAAACUGUUACAGACCUAUAGCCAUCCUGCCCUGCCUUUCUAAAGUUUUUGAAAGCCAAGUUAACAAACAGAUCACCGACCAUUUCGAAUCCCACCGUACCUUCUCCGCUAUGCAAUCCGGUUUCCGAGCUGGUCAUGGGUGCACCUCAGCCACGCUCAAGGUCCUAAACGAUAUUAUAACCGCGAUCGAUAAAAGACAGUACUGCGCAGUCGUCUUCAUCGACCUGGCCAAGGCUUUCGACUGUCAACCACCGCAUUCUUACUGGCAGACUAAAUAGCCUUGGUUUCUCAAAUGACUGCCUCGCCUGGUUCACCAACUACUUCUCAGAUAGUUUCUCUGUGUAUAUCAAUGAUGUUGCUCUUGCUGCUGGUGACGCUCGGAUCCACCUCUAUGCGGACGACACCAUUUUGUAUACAUCUGGCCCUUUAUUGGACACUGUGUUAACAAACCUCCAAACGAGCUUCAAUGCCAUACAACACUCCUUCCGUAGCCUCCAACUGCUCUUAAACACUAGUAAAACUAAAUGCAUGCUCUUCAACCGAACGCUGCUUGCACCCGCCCACCCGACUAGAAUCACUACUCUCGGCGGGUCUGACCUAGAGUAUCUGGACAACUACAAAUACCUAGGUGUCUGGUUAGACUGUAAACUCUCCUUCCAGACUCACAUUAAGCAUCUCCAAUCAAAAGUUAGAUCUAGAAUCGGCUUCCUAUUUCGCAACAAAGCCUCCUUCACUCAUGCUGCCAAACAUGCCCUCGUAAAACGGACUAUCCUACCGAUCCUUGACUUCGGCAAUGUCAUUUACAAAAUAGCCUCCCAACACUCUAGUCAGCAAAUUGGAUGUAGUCUAUCACAGUGCCAUCCAUUUUGUCACCAAAGCCCCAUAUACUACCCACCAUUGUGACCUGUACGCUCUUGUUGGCUGGCCCUCACUGCAUAUUCGUCGCCAAACCCACUGGCUCCAGGUCAUCUAUAAAGCCCAUCUGUAAUUAGCCCAUCCAACUACCUCAUCCCCAUAUUUUGCUAAUUUGCACCCCAGUAUCUCUAUUUGCACAUCAUCUUUUGCACAUCUAUCAUUCCAGUGUUAAUACGAAAUUGUAACUAUUUUGCACUAUGGCCUAUUUAUUGCCUUACCUCCAUAAUUUACUACAUUCGCACACACUGUAUAUAUAUUUUCUGUUGUAUUUUUGACUUUAUGUUUUGUUUACCCCAUAUGUAACUCUGUGUUGUUGUUUUUAUCGCACUGCUUUGCUUUAUCUUGGCCAGGACGCAGUUGUAAAUGAGAACUUGUUCUCAACUGGCUUACCUGGUUAAAUAAAGGUUAAAUAAAAAAAUAAAAAAUCCCAGUGGGUAGAUGUGCCAAGCUUAUAGAGACAUACCCCAAGAGACUUGCAACUCUAAUUGCUGCAAAAGGUGGCUCUACAAAGUAUUGACUUUGGGGGGGUGAAUAGUUAUGCAUGGUCAAGUUUUUUUUUUUUGUGUGUCUUAUUUCUUGUUUGUAUCACAAUAAAAAAAUAUUUUGCAUCUUCAAAGUGGUAGGCAUGUUGUGUAAAUCAAAUGAUACAAACCCCCCAAAAAUCAAUUUUAAUUCCAGGUUGUAAGGCAACAAAAUAGGAAAAAUGCCAAGGGGGGUGGAUACUUUCACAAGCCACUGUAGCUCCAACCUCCUAACACAUGAGUGCAUUACUAAAAUAAACUACAGAAUAGCUAGACUAGAGGAUGUGAAAUGAUGAUUUGGGACCCUCCUCCCCUUCCCUGUUUCUCUGAUGACAUAAUACUGUAGGGAGAGUAAUGGUGUUUAGAUAUCCCUCUGUGAGUAGAUACCACUAGAUAGAUGUUAGUGCUUUAGGUCCUGGACUCUGGACAAUGCAUGCUUGACCAGAUAACAGUUGCUAUUCCACCUAUUAGCCGUGUCAUCUUGUUAGUGGGGUCAAGAGUGAAGUUCAAUAGUAGUAGUUGGAAAGUGCAGCUGUGUUGUUCCGUCCCCUCUAUGAGGACCAGAUUUGUUUAACCUCUACAAGUGUCCGGUAUCUGACUUGUACUUCCUGAUUCAGGAUCGUGGCUUCCUGUUCAGCGUGGAAGUCCAGUCCGGAGACGGAUGCAGAGACACUGUUCCAGAACCUGGUUACUUCCUUACAUGAGAUGCUACAUCUCGCUACCACAGCUCAGCUGUAA